AUGGACCGCGAAGCUGCUGCGGCCCAGGGCACUGCCCCGCCUCAGGAUGGAGAUCAGCUCUUGGAGUCUCCAGAGCCUCCGCCGCCUUGGCCGCCGCCACCACCCGCUCCGCCGCCGCCGGCUCCACCGCCGCCGGCUCCACCGCCUCCGGCUCCUCCACCACUUCCCGACCCCUCACAGGAACCGGCACCAGAGUCCUGUCCAGAGCCUGCUCCAGGUCCCUGUCCGGAGGCGACCCCAGAACCAGCUACAGAACUAGACACUGAACCGACCCUAGAACCAGCCCCAGAGCCGGCCCCAGAGCCAGUCCCAGAACUGGCCACUGAGCUGACCCCAGAACCUGUCCCAGAGCCGGCCCCAGAGCCUGCCCCAAAGUCGUCCCCAGAGCCAACUCCAGAACCAGUCACAGAGCCGACCCUAGAGCUGGCCCCAGAACCUGCCCCAGAGUUCUGCCCUGAGCCGGCUCCAGAGUCCGGUCCGAAACCGAGUCCAGCACCAUGUCUACUGCAGUGUCCAGUGGUCCCUCGAGAGAGGGAUCUAAAGACUUCACCAUUGCCGUCACCCCGAACACCAGUGACGUGGUCCAGAAUAAAGAAAAUACUAAAAGAAGGACCUCUGCUGAAGAACUGUAACUCCGUCAAGAGAUGGAAACUUAGAUAUUGUCUCGUUCAAGGACGAAAGCUCUACUUUGCACAUCAUCCCUCGUUUGUACACUUUGAAACAAUUGAUCUGUCUCAAGUCACCUUGGCAGAAAGCAGCUGUAGAAAUCUUUGCCACAGUUUUUCUGUUAUUACACCAGAACGAAAAGUCACCCUGGCAGCACCCAACCGGAAAGACAUGGAAGAAUGGAUUAACGUCAUAAAAACCGUCCAACAAGGAGAAGUUCAUAAGAUACCUGCCGCAGAAAACAACCCUUUCCUCGUCGGAAUGCACUACUGGUAUUCCAGCCACAGUUCCCGGACUCAGCACUGCAAUGUUUGUCGAGAAAGCAUUCCUGCCUUAUCGAGAGAUGCCAUCAUCUGUGAAGUGUGCAAAGUGAAAUCUCAUAAGUUAUGUGCUUUAAGAGCGAGCAAAGACUGUAAAUGGAAUACCUUGUCCAUUACUGAUGAUCUUCUCCUACCUGCUGAUGAAAUACAAAUCAUGCCUCAUCAGUGGGUAGAAGGAAACAUUCCCGUCAGCUCUCAGUGUGCCGUUUGUCACGAGAGCUGUGGCAGUCAGCACCGUCUCCAAGAUUUCCGGUGUCUCUGGUGCAAUUCUACGGUGCACAAUGACUGUCAGAGACGGUUUUCCAAGGAAUGUUUCCUGGGGGCUCAUCGCUCGCUCGUAGUCCCCCCAACCGCCCUUAGCGACCCAAAGGGCGACGGUCAGCUAGUAGUAUCUUCAGACUUCUGGAAUCUUGAUUGGUCAUCUGCUUGUUCAUGUCCUUUGCUCAUCUUCGUGAACUCCAAAAGCGGUGAUCAUCAAGGGGUCGUAUUCCUCCGAAAAUUCAAGCAAUACCUUAAUCCGUCUCAAGUCUUUGACCUAUCGAAGGGUGGACCUGAAGCAGGGCUGUGCAUGUUCAAGAACUUUGCUCGCUUUCGUGUUCUGGUCUGCGGUGGCGAUGGCAGUGUGAGCUGGGUCUUAUCGAUGAUUGAUGCCUUUGGAUUACAUGAAAGGUGUCAGCUGGCAGUCAUCCCACUUGGAACCGGCAAUGAUCUGGCACGUGUCCUGGGCUGGGGUGCUUUCUGGAACAAAAACAAGUCACCGCUGGACAUCCUCAGCCGAGUGGAGCAGGCUACUGUGAGGAUUCUAGACAGAUGGAGUGUGAUGAUCCGCGAGGCUCCCAGACAAGCCCCACUGCUAAAAGGACAGGUUGAGAUGGACAUACCAAGAUUUGAGACUGCUGCCAUCCAACACGUAGAAUCUGCAACCACUGAGUUGAACAAAGUCCUGAGGGCCAAGUUCCCCACGGAGAUGAUCAUUGCAACCAGAUUCUUGUGCUCAACAGUGGAAGAUUUUGUGGAAGAUAUUGUAAAGGCCUGGAGUCAGAUAAAGCAGAACAACACAGCAGUACAGUCUGUGAUUUUGAAGAGCGACUUAAUGUAUGAUAAGCUCAGUGUCCUGAUUGAUGUCCUGGCUGAGGAGGCAGCAGCUACCUCUGUUGAGAAAAGUGCUACAGUAUACACAGAUGGUGGCAAGGCAGAUGGAAAGCCCUUCAUCCCUCAAGUAGACCACAUAGCCAAGUACAAGUUGGAGCUGGCCACAAAGGCUCAGAAUCUCCAGAAAUCCUUGAAGCUCAUCAUAUUCCAGGUUGAACAAGUUCUGGACGAAGAAAGCAGACAGACAAUAUCAGUUAAGAACUUUGCAUCAACUCUCUUCCUGGAAGAUUAUGACUCAGAGGAUUUUAACCAGAUGAGCCCAAGACAUCGUUCUCGUCGUGGCACUUUGUCAUCUAUACCUUCUCUCAAAAGUGAAGACCUAGAUAACCUUAACUUGGAACACUUAUAUUUUACACCUGAAACAAUACGCUUCAAAGAAAAGUGUGUCAUGAACAACUACUUUGGAAUUGGACUGGAUGCUAAAAUUUCUCUGGAGUUCAACACCAGAAGAGAAGAACAUCCAGGACAAUACAACAGCCGCUUUAAGAACAAGAUAUGGUAUGGCCUUCUGGGAAGCAAGGAACUUCUGCAGCGCUCUUACAGGAAACUGGAAGAACGAGUGCAUCUAGAGUGUGAUGGAGAACCCAUCUCCUUGCCAAACCUGCAAGGCAUUGUAGUGCUCAACAUUACCAGUUAUGCUGGAGGUGUCAACUUCUGGGGAAGCAACACAGCGACUGCAGAAUAUGAUGCUCCUGCAAUAGAUGACGGAAAGCUGGAGGUAGUGGCAAUCUUUGGUUCUGUGCAGAUGGCCGUGUCCCGUAUCAUCAACCUGCAUCAUCAUCGCAUUGCCCAGUGCCGUGAGUUGAUGAUAACUAUUGACGGUGAAGAAGGUAUCCCAGUGCAGGUGGAUGGGGAGGCCUGGAUCCAGAGGCCGGGAAUUAUCAAGAUUAGAUACAAGAAUGCUGCCCAGAUGCUGAUGAGAGAUCGGGACUUUGAGAAUUCAAUGAAAACGUGGGCAUGCAAGCAUAGUGAAAUUCAAGCUGCCCCUCAACCCCAGCUGGACUCCCAGGAAUCUCAUGAUAGCCUCUCUGAUGAGGAGUUUGCCCAGAUGCAGCACUUAGCUCGGCUUGCAGAAAACCUCAUUAGCAGACUCAAUGACCUCAGCAAGGUCCACCAGCAUGUGUCUGUCCUCAUGGAUUCUGUGAAUGCCAGUGCUACCAUCCUGAAUGAUGUAUUUUAUGGCCAAGACAGUGGCAAUGAGGCAGGUGCAGCUUCUUGUACUCCCAUUGAGACUAUAAGCAGAAAUGACGCAGUAGAUGUUACAUUUAGUCUUAAAGGGCUCCACGAUGACACCAAAGCUUUCCUGGAUGAAAACUUGCUAAGAAAUGCUGAGGCUGAGGCCACACUACAGAAUGCCCUGGAUGUCAUGAGUCAGGAGUUUGAAAAGUUAUCAGAGAUCUACUGGAUGAAUCCAAUCCUGGUUCCGGAGGAAAAAUCUUCAGAUACUGAUAGUAGAAGCCUCAGGUUGAAAAUUAAGUUCCCCAAAUUGGGGAAGAAGAAGCUAGAGGAGGAAGACAAGCCUAAAUCAGGCCAAAGAUUUUAUGGUUUUAUUGGUAAUUUGUGGCGUCGCAGAUAUCGUGAAGAUGAAACAAAAAGUGACGAUCCUCCAACACCAUCAAGAUCUCAGCUGUAGCUCUUGAAAGUUGGAAGGAGAACUCACACUACUUAGGACUCUACAAAAACUCUCAAAACCUCAAUACAGGCUGGACUAAAUUAUUUCAGAACAAACAUGAGCACCACCAAGAAAGACCCUCUAAUUCUUUACACUUACACAUUUUUCCUGGACUUAAUCAGGUCUCCUUAGAGGUUUACAUUUUCUCAUUAGCCAAAGAUUCUUGUUCCGAGUUGUCUUGUUCAGUUCUCCUUCUCUUUGUACAUUUUGAGCAACUACAGUAUUUAUUGGGAUAAUUG